AUGAAUUCAUUGGGUUCCUGCCAAAGGCAGGAGGCACCUGGCUGCAAAGCUGCCUUAAGCAAAGUUCUGGAGGGAGGCUCUUUCAAUCCACCAUCCACCUCCCCACCGGUGCUUCCAGGGCUCUCCUGGCUCCACUGUGAGAUGCGACCAGCUUGUCAUGUGAGAGCUGACUGUUCAGCCUCAGAGCACACACCAAGUGAGGAAACCGCCUCUCUGGCUCUCGGUCAAGGGUCACAGGAUCAAGAUUCCACCUCCUUCUCCCCAAUCCUAUCUCCUCUACUCAGUCCAGUCCAGUCUCUCCAGGCAUGUGCCCAGCAGGUCACUGUGAAGCACACGUGUGUACCUGUCCUGGGUGUGCAAUCGUGA